AACCUCAAUUUCUCGAGGGCGCCCGAGUGAUCGGUUCGUCCGAGGGAGACGCUUUUUGCCGGAAUAACACCCCCACAUAAACAAUAAACUAUUCAGUAGCUUGACGAACGAAUAACAAGGAAACUGUCAACUCAAGGAAUGCCAAUGAAGUGUAAAUUCACAGAAGGUGAAAAGGUUCUUUGUUUCCAUGGACCACUCAUCUACGAGGCGAAAUGCCUGAAAUCGUCAGUGUCUAAAGAGAAACAGGUCAAGUAUUUCAUACAUUACGCGGGAUGGAACAAAAAAUAUGAACCGAUUAAUCUGUACCCUCGAGUCCUCUACAAUUUAUUGAGAGAAUACCUUGAACAUAAUUUCAGUUGGGACGAAUGGGUGCCUGAGAGUCGUGUGCUCAAGUACAAUGAGGCAAAUGUGCAGAAGCAGAAGGAGGUACAGAGGGCCCAUGAUGCCCAACAGUCGACCCAGAAGGGAAAGAAGGGAACGUCGGUGGUGAAGACUACAGGAAGAAAGAGUGAUAUCGUUAAGGACAAAGGUUCAGAAAGUAGGGCAAGCACACCUGUUCCUGGAACUGAAAAAGUGUCCACUAGGGUCAAUAAGAACAGCAGUGGAUCUGUUACCCCAUCUUCACAUGAUUCGUCGUCGGAUGCUCCCAGGAAGAAACGAAGUAGGAUUGACCCUUCAGUGGAAACUGAGGAACAGUUCCUGACAAAAGUUGAAGUCAAAGUAAAACUUCCUGAUGAGUUAAAGCCCUGGCUAGUUGACGACUGGGACGCGAUUAGCCGGCAGAGGAAGUUAGUGACACUACCUGCUAGACACACUGUAGACCAGAUCCUCGAUGAUUACGUCAAGUUCAAGACCUCUAGUAAAACUAAUACUCCAAACAAAGAGAGUGCAGUUCUGGAGGUUACAAAAGGUCUUCGAGAGUACUUCAACGUCAUGCUGGGAACACAGUUGUUGUAUAGAUGGGAGCGGCAGCAGUAUGGAGAAAUUAUGUCUGAGAAACCAAACACACCACCCAGCCAGAUUUAUGGAGCUUCACAUUUACUACGAUUGUUUGUUAAACUUGGGAAUAUGUUGUCAUACACACCGUUGGACGAGAGAAGUAUCCAACUACUGUUGUCUCACAUCCACGAUUUUCUCAGGUAUCUUCACAAAAACAGUAGUGAUUUAUUCAGCCUCCAGGACUACGGUGCGGCCCCACCCGAAUAUCACCGUAAAUGUGGAUAAAAACAGUUAAUAAGGAUAUCCCUACAAUGUUCUCACACGGCCGGAAACCGUGAAUUCCAUUCGAGAAUUUGACCCCCCUUUUUGGUAUUGAAUUAUUGACUCCAGUGACGCCUAGAUAUGAAUUUUUAUUUCCAUGAGCAGAUGAUUAUUUCUUUUUGACUAUUAUUUUUUUCUCUCUUUUCAAAAGUUUGACGAUAAAAAAUUCGUGAAUUACAGUGUCAAUUUACAGUGUUUGGGAUUCUGUGUCCAAAUUACUUCGUUAUAUUUUGUACAUAAUUUUGGAGAAUAAAACAAUACUGUGAAUCUCAUUUUUUUCAUCGAUAAUUUCCUGAAAUUUCGUCGAUAAUAAUUUAUUUUGAAUAAUCUCUUAGAAUGUCCAAUAACAUCAUUCCCAACUGAAGCAGAAAAAUCGUGUAUUCAAUAAUGUGUUUAAAAUAGUAGUUUUUUAUUACACAAUUAUUGUGUUGACCCAAUUUACGUGAGAAGACGAUGGGAAAUAAGUCCGAGAAUAAAUCAAAAUCCGACAAAUCGAUUCAGGACAAAAAAAUCAUUUACAAAGACAAAAUCCUGAUUUUCAAUGACUAUUUCAAAAUAGUUUAUUCUGUUUAUCAAUAUGUUUAAUUACAAUAUUACACAUACAUAUAUCCUCUACUCCUCUUACAACAACAGCAAAAAAUCAUUAUCUGAAAAUAGCGAUUAACAUUUUAUAAUCUUUUGUACAACUAUAGACUCUAUCAAAUAUUAUCAAAUUAAUUUCUGCACCCGACAGUCAAUUCAAUUAUUCUAACGUCUGUUCUUCAAAAUUCCAGAUUCUUGUAUCGACAGAAUAAAUUCGACGCUGAUUAUGCCUUCAAUGAUCAGAGUAAAAAAUUGUUGAAAAAUACAUUUGAGAAUAAAAAAAUAUCUGUAAUAAACAACAAGAUACGAUUACGAUGGUCACCAAGACCUCGAUACAAGACAGAUAAAAAAUGAAUUCCCCUCAUAAUCGGAUUCAAUGACCCCCCCCCCAUAUUGAUUGCUCUAAUGAUUAACGCCCUCGAGAAAGCACCAAAUCCCCAAAAAUUGACAAUUAGAUGGACUAAGAUAUGGAAGAUAUCUUACUCGAUAUCGACUCUACAGAGAGGGCAUAAUUACUGAUAAUACAUAACUGUCAAAAAACAUUGGAGAAAUAUAAAAUCCUCUUGAUAAUUUUUUAAUACCAGAGAUUAUGACCCAGAGACACUUUCAAAUGCAUUUCGAUAUAAUCUAAACAUGCAAAUAUUCUAAUUUACAGAAUUGAUUUGAUAACUUUUCAUUCAAAUUUCCACUAACUCGCGACACUGGUUUAAUUGAAAAAUAAAAACUAAAAUAUUCAACAGAAUAUAUAAAUCUAUAAAUCUGAUGUUGAGAAAAAAUCAUAAUUCUCCUCCAAGUUCUCUAAAAAAAUGAUUAUUGACAAUUUGCUAUUAUUACUCGUAACAAUUCAUAGGAUUUUAAUCGUCUCAAUGACGUGAACAUUCAGCACUGAGAGAUAUCAAAUUGCUUAUCCAGACGGCUGAUGUGUUAAUUUUCACAGAUAAAAAUAAAUCAAUGUAAUUUGUACGUUACGAAUUUUCCAACAGAACGCAUCACAUGCAUUAAACCUUAAUAUUUCUUUUCAAAUAAAAAAAAAUUCAACAAAAAAAAAAA